CCUCAUUUACUUCUACACUUUUUCUUCUUCCUCUUCAUGGUUUUUUGUGGCAGACAUGGCGGUGGAGUUCAUGACCAAUUAUAGGAACGGCAACUACUUGGCAGCCAAAAUGGAAGAAAACGCCGUCCAGGAAGCCGCUUCUGGACUCGAAAGCGUUGAGAAACUCAUCAGAUUAAUUUCUCAAACUCAACACCACCACCAAAACAAUCAAGACAAGUAUCAAGCUUCUUCUAUCUCAACAACAUCAUCUUCCCCGGAUUUGGAAAUGGACUGCAAAGCAGCAGCGGACGUUGCCGUUUCAAAGUUCAAGAGAGUUAUCUCUCUUCUGGGUCGAACCAGGACCGGCCAUGCUCGUUUCAGACGAGCCCCUGUCGUAUCACCUGUUAACCAAAACCAAGCAAAUCAAGAGCAAGAAGCUAUGGUUUAUUACGCAACCCCGAUCCAGCAUAUUCGGCCUCCGGCUACUACUUAUCAUCAUCAUGAUCAUCAUGAUUUUUUGACGGUGAAAAGUGGGGUUUUAGAGAGGAGAGAUUCAUCCAAAACCAUGAAUUUUUCGUAUUCUUCUGCCGGGAGUUCGUUUAUGUCAUCUUUGACCGGAGACACUGAUAGCAAGCAGCCAUCUUCAUCGUCAUCACCGUUUCAAAUUACUAAUCUUUCUCAGGUUUCCUCGGCCGGAAAGCCUCCUUUGUCUUCUUCUUCUUUCAAGAGGAAGUGUAACUCCGACAAUUUGGGUUCCGGCAAGUGUAGUGGUUCCUCUGGUCCCUGCCAUUGCUCCAAGAAAAGAAAACUGAGAUCGAAAAGGGUGGUAAGGAUUCCAGCAAUAAGUCUGAAAAUGGCUGAUAUUCCACCGGAUGAUUACUCAUGGAGGAAGUACGGUCAAAAACCAAUCAAGGGAUCUCCACAUCCAAGGGGCUACUACAAGUGCAGCAGCGUAAGAGGAUGUCCGGCUCGGAAGCAUGUGGAAAGAGCCUUAGAUGAUCCAUCGAUGCUAAUAGUCACCUACGAAGGCGAUCAUAACCAUUCCCUCUCCAUUGCAGAAACCACAAAUCUCAUCCUCGAAUCCUCCUAAAACAUCUCCAAUUCAACAGUUUCAAUCUCCAAGGAGAUAUUUAGUGGGGUUGGUUCAUUUCUCUGUAAAAUGUUUAGCUUUGGUUCCUAGGAUGGUGGAUCUGGUAUUAGAUUAAGUAAUUUUUUUUUUUAAAAUUGUUCGCUUUAUCUUUUUCUACAGAUUCUUGUUUCUAGAUGCCGACUUGCUACUACUUUUAUUUUUCUGUUUCUUACAUAUUAAGUGAAGCAAAUUUUCAAAGUGUGAAUAGUAAUAAAGGGAAAGGAUUGAGUCAAAGAAUUGGAAGAUGUGGACCAAUAUGUCGUGUUAGGGGAGUUGUUGACUAUA